UCUCAUCGCUGGCCUACCGGUCUGUCGUUGCUUUACAUUCCGAGGCAAGGAAACGAUUGAUUCGAGACAAAGUGGUGCAUUUCCGACAAACUCGUGGUUAUUCAAUUUGUGGUGGCGAUGGCGAUGCUGGCAGAACCCCGUAGAAAGCAGAAGUGGUCUGUGGAUCCAAGGAACAACACCUGGAGCAAUGAUGAGUCCAGAUUUGGGCAGAAGAUGUUGGAAAAAAUGGGGUGGUCGAAAGGAAAGGGUCUUGGGGCUCAUGAACAGGGGUCUACAGAAAACAUUAAAGUUCAAAUAAAGAACAACACAGUGGGCCUGGGAGCAACAAAAGAUCAUGAGGACAACUGGAUUGCACACCAGGAUGAGUUUAAUCAGCUUUUGUCUGAGCUCAAUGCCUGCCACAAACAGAAUGGUUCAUCAGUGGCUGAGGAUAAAACUGCAUUUAGUCUUGAAGAGAAAUCUAAAUCUUCCAAGAAACGAGUUCACUACCAGAAAUUUACCAAAGGAAAGGAUCUCUCUUCUCGUAGUGCGAUAGACCUUGCCUGCAUUUUUGGAAAACGUGGCAAACAGGUCAAAAGAUCCAGAGGUCAGGAAGAGCAAGCGAUGAGUGACACCUGUUUCACGCCUGACAAUGACCCAGAAGUUCCUGGUGACUCAGAGCUCAAAGUUGAAAUAAAUACUGUGACCAGUUCUCUUACAAUGCAGGAGUACUUUGCCAAUAGGAUGGCAAAACUGAAAAAACCUAAAGCAAAGCAUGAGGUCCAUCAAGUUUGUGCUACUCAAGACCUUGCAGGAGAUGAUAUGAGUUCAUUUAAAGAAGUAAAAAGGAAGAGAAAGAAAUGUAGCAGAGGAGAUGCCAACAGGGUUUGCAAUCUUGACAAACAGCCCAUAGACUCAAAGCAAGCCAAAAGUGGCAAAUGUGUGGAGAUAAAUAAUGAUCUGAUUGAAGAUAGCUUGGUUAAGGAAAAUUGCCAAAGUAAAAAGUUGUCCAGAAAAAAUAGUGCAAAACUUUUGGUGUCAUUCGAUCAGAAGGUUUAUCCUUUAGAAGAAGUUAAAUCAAAGAUUCCAUUUGAACAGUACUCAAUGGUCAAUGAGUCAUCAGAGAUGCACAAUGAACAGGAAUGCAGAGAGGAUCAGAACAAACAGAAGAAGAUGAAGAAGGUGCCAUAUUUGACUAAUGAGAUUUCUCAAUCUUGUCAUGAUUCAACAGAAAGAAGGAAGAAGAAAAUAAAGAAACAGAAGAAUUGAGGCUUGCAGAAACUGUGCACAUUUCUUAUUGAAAACCUUCCAAAUGAUGAAUUAUUUUACAAGCAACAUGUAUUUAAACUUCUUUAUCAAACAAUGAUCUUAAUGCAACUGCUGUUCUUAAUUAAGCAUAAGCAGCGAGAUUGAUUAUUGAGAACGGAAUGGUUAAGCAAUGUGUUUAAAACCAAGUUAUAACAAUUUCUCUUAAAUGCAUAAAAUGAAUUUUGUAAAUAUAUUUUGGAUAUGGAGAACUGACCAUUCACUCAUUUACU